AUGAAAGACAGGCAUGCUUCCUCGACUGGGCGCCGAUCCACCGGCUUAGAAUUGCCAGGAAGGGAUUUGGAGCCCGGCCCAUUGAACGAGGGAGGGGUCCGGUCGACCAAAAGCCCAGCUCGAGGCUUGCUGCUGGGAAGCGAAGGUUGCCUUGGAGUCAUCACCGCCGCGGUGGUGCGGAUCCAUCCCCUCCCGGAGGUGCUGGAGUAUGAAUCUCUGGAGUUCACCAGUUGGGAUCUUGGAGUGUCCUUCAUGCGCCAGGUAUCACAGCUGCCACGUGCCCUGAAGCCUGCCUGCUUCCGCCUGCUAGACAAUGGCGAGUUCAAAUUGGCUGAAGCGCUUCGAGAGGACCUGCACCGCUCGCGGUGGAGAAUGCCUCGAAGUGGCCAAGAAAGCGUUGCCCUGCUACUUUUUGAAGGGUCUGGUGAUGAAGUGGAUCCUUGGAUGAGCCAAAUUGCCAGCUCGUGCAGCGGAACUUGGACGGGACCGGCGAUCGGGGAAGCUCUGUAUCAGAUGUACUUUGUCAUACCCUACGUGAGAGACUUUGGUAUGGACUACAGCAUCCUUUGUGAGUCCUUUGAGCUCUUGCUGCCCUGGAGCCGUAUCUCCGGUCUUGAGUGGCCCUCUGUUGUGGAGGCCACGGCGGCGAAGCACCAGGCCUUGCAAUUACCGGGCGUGGCAAAGCUUUGGAAAGGUCUGCUGCCCUCCACGGAAGGAGGCCUUUUGCGCCUCUCCAUCGCCACGUCUGUCGAAGGUUUCGAGUGGGCAGCUGCCUUGGAGGCCUUUCAGGGCCUUCAAGAUGCAGCUCGAAGAGUCCUGGAACAGCAGGCAGACCCAGGUUGGAAACAAGAUACAGGUGUGGCCCUAACGAGUCUGAAAGCUGCGCUGGAUCCACACCAUGUGCUGGGCUAG